AUGCAUCACCUGUUCGGGCUGGUUUUGGCACAGAAGGACCUUUCACGUGCAGGGGAUCUCUUCUCCUUAGAGGAUGCUGAAAUCGAAGGAAGCCUCUCGGAAGCUCUUGAACAAAUAAGAAUAAUUAGUUCAUCCGCAGACUACCAGACCAAUGACAAUGACCAGGCUGUGGUGGAAAUCUGCAUCACUCGCAUCACCACUGCCAUCAGGGAGACGGCGUCCAUAGAAAAGCACGGCAAAGCCCUCGUGGCUCUGUGGGAGUCGUGCCUGGAGCACAACCUGAAGCCUUCUGGAAAAGACGAGGACACACCACAUGCAAAAAUCGCAUCUGAUAUCAUGAGCUGCAUCUUGCAGAAUUACAAUCGACCUCCAGUAAUGGCCUUAGCUGUCCCAGUGGCGGUGAAAUUUCUGCAGAGGGGCAAUAAGGAACUGUGCAGAAACAUGUCAAGUUAUCUAUCCUUGGCUGCAAUUGCCAAAGCAGAUCUGCUGGCUGAUCACACCGACACCAUUGUCAAAAGUGUCCUUCAAGGGAACUCGAUGCUGCUGCGUGUCCUGCCCGCUCUGUACGAGAAGCAACCGCAGCCGAUAAACCUGCGCCUGCGGGAGCUGGUGGCACUGAUGGCUCAGCUGGAUCAAGCUGAACAACACCACCUCCUCAGGCUCUUCCAGAUCGUGGCUAGGAAAAGAGAAGUGGGGGUAAAACCGUGCUGAAAGAUUCUGUUUGGACACUUGGGAGCCCCUAGCCAUAGUGACCUUAUUCUGAACAUACUUCUAGAAGUAUCCAGCUAUGAACCAACAGCCUUAGCCACUUUUCUUCCACUGCUGAAGGAAAUUGGUGAGAGUUUUCCAAGUCUGAUCGGGCAAACAGCAAAGAUCUUUGGAGCUGUUGGACACAUCGACGAGGAGCAAGCCAGAAUAUGCCUGAUGUAUUUGGUGAACCAGCUGGCCAACAUGGAGCACUCAUUUCACCACAUUCUUUUGCUGGAAAUUAAGAAUCUCACUGACACCUUCUCGAGCAUUUUGGGUACCCAGAGCAGAGAUAUCUACCGCAUGAGCAACAGUUUCACUGCCAUAGCCAAGCUCCUUGUCCGACAGCUCGAGAACGACAAUGCAUCAGGAGCCAG